AUGUCAGCUUGCCUAAUUGCAGUUGGCUUGAAACCAUCUCAAAUAGAGGAAUUCUUGAAUCAAGAUACUCGUAAAUUAUUAAUGGAUCAUUCUUGCGGUUACCUCAGUUUAUUACCAAAUAUUUUACAAAAGUACGGCUGGAAUCCAGGUAAAAGAUUAUUGCAUUGGUUCGGUGAGACACUAGAGAAUGUCACUGGUAAUGCCGAUAUCACUUUUUGGGAGGUUUAUGAAGGCUUUGGUAUUGAGCUUUGCAUUGUGGCAACAAAUCUCAAUUUAAUGUCAGUAGAAUAUUUCCACCCUAAAACAUCCCCUAAUAUGCCAAUAAGGAAGGCAGUUCGUAUGUCUAUGUCAAUUCCAGGCAUAUUUCAAAGCGUUUUACACAAAAAUCACGAGCACUUUGAUGUUUAUGUCGAUGGUGGGUUACUCUGUAAUUAUCCAAUUCAUGCGUUCGAUGGUUGGUGGCUAUCGAUGAAGCCUGAAGAUAGUUUUUUAAGAAAAUUACAACCACUGAAUGAUUUACCACGAUUAUUUGAUAAAUCUGAACGAUUUGGUGUAUGGAAUGAUAAAACGAUUGGAUUGAUGCUGUACUCGCGUACGGAAAACGAAUUUCUUAAAACUUACUUAAGUGCUAGAGAUGGUUGCCAACCUCCAUUACCACCAAGAACAAAAUUAUCAAUUGCUAGAGAGAAAAUCCGACAGAAGCAACAGAUAAUGAUGAGAGAUCAUAGCAAGGUUGUUAAAGCAAUCGAACGUUUUCUGAAAGUCUUAGCCGAGAGUAACAUCGACGAAGAUGCCAUAAUUGAUAAAACUGAGCUCAAGUUGGCAUUUAGCGAUAAGGAAAAAUUUUCCGACGAUGAUGCAUAUCUCCUAUUUGGUAAAGAUUAUACCUUGGCAUCAGCAUUUGAAACUUUAGAUACUGACGGAGAUGGAAGUAUCACGUUUCAAGAAUUAGUUAAUUUUGUAGAAAAGCGUGGUGUUAGUUUACAAGCCCGAUUUGAAGGUUUAAAUCGUAAAGAGAUUAAUGGUCUUGGAGAUUUUAUGGUUAAUCUACAGGAAGCAUUAUCUAUUAAUGUAAAAAAAGUCUACGUCGAGAAACGCGAUGUAGAAAGGACGAUCGGUAUCGAUACCGAUUAUAUAGAAACCACUGACUUUGAAUUAUUAAAAGAAGAUCGAGAAUUCUUACUGGAGGUUGGUCGUCGAUCUGCUAGAGCAUUCCUGUAUGACUUUCUCAAGCGAAAGAAUCCACCUAGGAAAACAGCAGCUGAUUACAAGAGAAGUCGUCGAAUGGAAGCAUUGCGACAUCAACAAUUAUUACGACGGCGUAGCGAACAAAUCUUAGGUUUAUCAUCAGGAAGUCAAUCUAAAAACAAGAAGAGUCUGUCGGGACGAAAAAAAGUUUCCAUAAAGAAGAACGCCAAAAAUCCUAUGAUGAGGCAAAUUACAGAAGAAACAGAAAUUACCGAUUCCGAUGCAAGUGAUAUCAGUUCAACUGGUGGUAAAGAUACUCGUAGACUGAAUCCAAUUAAUAAUAGGCCUCGAACAAGAACAUGGGAUAAUUAA